UCCAAUGACCGCAAGUAAAAGUUUGCCUCUCUCUUUCACAAUUUAAAUUAAUGAUUCAGUGCUCUGAAACAGUUAUGGUUAAAAACAAACCGCAGAAGAGGUGUCGUCUAUUUCAGAUCCGCCCCCUGGAAGGAACCACACUAUCUCCUCCUGUUGGAUUCUGGUUACACUGAAACUUUAUUUUCUGCAAAAGAUUAAUUUACAAUGGCGAUCACUUCAGUGCGGUGCAGGGUUUGCAAAGUCCUUUUGUACGCCCCUGUCAACAGGAGCUGGAGUUCCGAGGCUGCACUCCGACCUCAGUACGACGCCGUGAUUAUUGGAGGAGGUCACAAUGGGCUUAUAGCUGCAACGUACCUACAGAAAUCUGGAGUGAACACUGCCGUACUAGAGAGGCGUCAUUUAAUUGGUGGGGCUGCUGUGACAGAGGAACUCAUUCCAGGUUUUAAGUUUUCACGUGCAUCUUAUGUGCUCAGUUUGCUGAGACCUCAGAUCUACAAAGAGUUGGAGCUGAAGAAACAUGGAUUAAAGGUACACGUACGGAACCCAUCUUCUUUCACCCCGAUGUUAGAGGACGGAGUAGGAGGGAAACCACCUCGCUCACUCCUGAUGGGCAAUAACAUGGAAGAGACCCAGAAGCAAAUUGCACAGUUUUCAGUGAAAGAUGCACAGUCAUAUGCAGAAUAUGAAGCUUUCAUCAAUCACAUGGCCCUGUCCGUGGAGCCCCUAUUGGAUGCAGUCCCCGUGGAUGUCUCGUCACUAACUAGUGGCUCACUGAUGCAGAAGAUACAAUCCCUACGCACUGUCAAACCUCUCAUCCAAACAGGUCUUAAACUAGGGAGACGUAUUCCACAGUUCUACGAACUAUUGACGGCCCCAAUAUCCAAAAUUCUAAAUCACUGGUUUGAAUCAGAGCCCCUGAAAGCGACUCUGGCUACUGAUGGAAUUAUUGGUGCAAUGAUAAGUCCGCAGGCUGCAGGCAGUGGGUAUGUACUGCUUCAUCACGUGAUGGGGGAGCUGGAGGGGAUUAAAGGGGCUUGGGGUUAUGUGGAAGGUGGAAUGGGUGCACUUUCCAAAAUCAUCGCCAACGUGGCUGCGGGUCAUGGAGCCUCAAUCUUUACAGAGAAGGUAGUGGAUUCCAUUCUUGUGGACAGUAGUGGGAAAGCACAGGGAGUUGUGCUGCAAGAUGGAACUGAGAUAAGGAGCAAAGUGGUUCUAUCCAAUGCCACGGCUCAUGUGACCUUCCUCCAGCUGACGCCAAAGGAAUCACUGUCUGAAGAAUUUAUUAAGGAAGUUUCAUCCAUUGACUACACUUCUCCUGUUACAAAGCUCAAUGUUGCUGUGGAUCGCUUACCAAACUUCCUGGCUGUGCCCACCAAUGAUGGGAUACCUCCUUCUCAGCGUAUCGCUGGUACCAUUCAUUUGAACUGUGAGGACAUGGCCUGUAUCAAAGAGGCUUAUGAGGAAGCCUGCCGGGGCCUUCCAUCCACCAGACCAUUGUUGGAGUUAUCUAUCCCCUCAAUUCUGGAUCCUACUAUCGCUCCACCAAAUUGCCAUGUCAUCUCCAUCUUUACCCAAUACACACCAUACUAUCUCAAAGGAGGUAAAGAGUGGGAUGAACUGGAGAGGAAUCUCUACGCUGAUAGAGUGUUCGACUGCAUUGAGCAGUAUGCUCCAGGGUUCAAGUCCUCCGUGGUUGGGCGUGACAUCCUGGCACCACCGGACCUGGAGAAAGUGUUUGGCUUAACUGGAGGGAAUAUUUUCCAUGGAGCAAUGUCACUUGAUCAGCUGUAUCUGACUCGACCUCUGCCCUCAUAUUCGAACUACAGGUCACCGGUUAAAGGCCUUUACCUGUGUGGCAGUGGAGCUCACCCAGGAGGUGGAGUAAUGGGAUCAGCAGGCCGUAAUGCAGCACGUGUUGUCCUUUCUGAUUUGAGACGGGUUUAACGGACCCCCCUCCCACCUGGACUGCUGGCUUCGAAUACACCUCCACAACAGAAUAUGCUCAAGCUCUCUACCUGAUCAGCGCUUAGAAUGAUUACUGAACGGGAAAGCACUUCAUCAAUGAUUACUAUCUGCCUGUAGCAUCAUAGAGGAGCCCAAGGGGCCACUGGACCAGGCUUGGCCCUUUCAAAGACUAAGACAGUUAGUUCCUGCUCUUUCCCGAUAUUCCUGACUUUCCGUUUUCAAGUAUUUAUCCAAUCAUCUUUGGAAUGCUGCUAUAGAUUUCACAUCCAGCACCUUAUUACGCAGCCCAUUCCAGAUUCCAAUCACUCCUAGUGUAACAGAGGGAGUAUACAAUGAGCAAAAGGACCUUAGAAAGUACAAAGAAUCAGAGGGACCCUGGCGUGCAAGUCCAUAGAUUCUUGAAGUGAACAGAAGAUUUCUGUAAAAUGGUUAAAAAACAUACAGAAUACUUGUCAUUACUUGUUGAGGCUUGAGUACAAGAGCAGGAUGGUUGUGAUAAAAGGUAAAAGUGUGAUGCUGGAAAAGCACAGCAGGUCAGACAGCAUCCGAGGAGCAGGAGAGUCAACGUUUCGGUCUCCAACAUCUGCAGUCCUCCCUUUCUCCUGGUUGUGGUAAAAUGCUGGUUAGGCCACAGCUGGGGUACUGUAUGCAGUACAUUCUUGAUGAAGGGCUUAGGCCCGAAACAUCGACUCUCCUGCUCCUCGGAUGCUGCCUGACCUGCUGUGCAUCUCCUGUGCCUCACUUUUCAACUGUAUGCAAUGCAGCUCUGAUGAAGAGUCAUCUCAACACGAAACGUUAGCUUGCUGUCUCUCCACGGAUGCUGCCUGAGAUUUCCAGCACUUUCUGUUUUUAGUUUCAUUUGCAGUUCUGUUCACCACACUGUUGGAAGGAUGUGACUGCAAUGGAUUCACUGGGACUGAGAUUACCAGAGCAGGAGCAGGUUAGCUUUUGAAAAGGCUGAGGUUGUUCUACUUAGAGGAGAGAAGGCUAAAGGGGAAACUCAACUGAGAUGAAUAAAAUUAUGAGGAGCAUAGAUAGGGAGAAACGUUUCCUCUUAGUAAAAGGGUCAGUUAACCAAGGGCUCAGACUUAAGGGAAGGAGCAAGUUACAGAUGUUUCGAGGGAAUUUAAAGGAGAAUGUUUUCAUUCAGCCGUUCAUGGGUAUCUGGAACUCACUGCAUGAAAGGGCGAUAGAGACAGGAACUCUCAGGAUAUUGAAAAAGUAUUUGGAUGGGCACUUGAAAUUCCCUUUCACACAAGGCUAGGGCCAUGUGUUGGAAAGUGGGAUGAGAGUAGACAGAUGCUUGAUGCCUGGGGUGUACAUAAUGGGCUGAGUGGCCUGUUUCUCCACUUCUAUGAUGCUAAGAGCUAUACUGCUUUGUUUAGUAAAACAUUAAGUAAACCUUUUAAUUUUCAGGUUCUGAAUUAAAUGUGAUAAUUUAUGCAGAUUGCAAGAAAACAAUAUGGAGGUUUGUCCUAUUUGUCAUUAAAAGCUAUGAGAAACCA